AUGGCGCAUUUCAUCCCGCGCAGUUCAUUCCCCCACCAUGGGGCGAUUCCACGAUCCUAUUUCUUAGGACACCACCGCGCUGGUCUGACUAAAAUGAAGAGCAUGCUUUCAUCUAUUGACUAUGUGGUUGAGUGCCGUGACUACCGAGCUCCUGUGACUUCGAUCAAUCCCAUGUUCGAAGAGGCGCUGGGAAAGAUGCGACGAUUGAUCGUUUAUACAAAAAGAGAUCUUGGAAAUCCUCCCAAAUCUCCCCUUCAGAAAAUUACAGAGCGUAAGCUGGAAAGCUUCGAUCCCCAAAGCGCCGUCUUCUUCACGAGCUCCUCCUCGCGCCAAGAUGUCAGCCAGAUCAUCAAACACCUCCGCAAUGACGCCGAAGCCGUUGAUAAACUAGUGGGGUGCCGUGUUCUGGUGGUCGGGAUGCCAAAUGUUGGCAAGUCGACUUUGAUCAACAACCUACGCAAUUCGGGCGUUGGCAAAGCGAAGGCACUCAAGACUGGCCAGCAGCCUGGUAUCACGCGCAAGGUUGCUACUCAAGUGAAGAUCAUUGAGCGCGAAGGAGGGUCACAUGUCUACGUUCUGGACACACCAGGAGUCUUCAUGCCCUAUGUCCCAGACGCCGAGAACAUGCUGAAGCUGGCAUUGUGCGGGUGUGUUAAAGACAAUGUCAUAUCUCCAAUCACCCUGGUGGACUAUCUAUUAUAUCACAUCAACCUGCAUGACCCUGCAGUCUACAAACGAUGGUCCGAGCCGACGAACGAGGUUGUUCCGUUGCUCGAGAGCUUUGCGCGACAAACCGGCCUACUUGCAAAAGGCGGAAUCCCAAACACAGAAGGAGCCGCGCUGAACUUCAUAUCAAGAUGGAGACAAGGAGAGUUAGGUCGGUUUUUGGUGGAUGACCUCGAGGUCGAAGAACAAAAACGAGCUGAUCCCGAUCAAAAAGAGCGCAUGAGCAUGACGCAGGCCUUGAGAGCCACAAGGGGCGCUCGAAAGAACAAGCCCAAUCCAAUCAGCAACCUGUAA